CACUCGCUCCUCCAUUCACAGUUUCAAACUCAAAAACGACACACCGCAUCUCAAAGGCCCCUUAUUUCUCCGAUCCCCUAAACCCCCCAACCUCCGACUCCUAUCGCCGGACGGCGGCGGCGCUGCAGCCAUCCCAAAGCAUUUAUCCGAUGGAGCAGCAGCAGAAGGGCGGCAGGCCGGUGGAUGGGGCGGUGAAAAUGAAAGUCAAGAUGGUGGAGAAUCACCACCAUCGAAACGACGCCGUUAAAGCCUCGGACGCUCUGCCGCUCCCUCUCUACCUCACCAACGCCGUGUUCUUCACUCUCUUCUUCUCCGUCGUCUACUUCUUGCUCACUCGCUGGCGCGAGAAGAUCCGCACCUCCACACCUCUCCACAUGGUCAAUCUCUCCGAGAUUGUCGCCAUUCUCGCCUUUGUCGCCUCCUUCAUUUACCUCUUGGGCUUUUUCGGCAUCGAUUUCGUCCAGUCGUUGAUUCUCCGGCCCAGUCACGACGUCUGGGCCGGCGAGGAUGACGAGGAGGAGAUUAUUCUCAAGGAGGAUGCUCGUAAAGUGCCCUGCGGCCAGGCCCUUGAUUGCUCAUCACUUCCGAAACUCGCGCCGGUUGCGCCGCUGAAACCGGCGCUUAAGGUUGCACAGAAGGUGUUUGAUAAAGAGGUGGUGAAGGAGACCACACCAACGACCGCCGAAGACGAGGAGGUCAUCAAUGCUGUGGUGGCUGGAACCAUUCCCUCCUACUCACUCGAGGCCAAGCUGGGAGAUUGCACGAGGGCGGCUUCGAUUAGGCGUGAGGCUUUGCAGAGAGUUACGGGCAAGUCUCUUGAGGGUUUGCCCUUGGAGGGAUUCGAUUACGAGUCGAUUUUGGGCCAAUGCUGUGAGAUGCCAGUUGGGUAUAUCACCAUUCCUGUUGGGAUUGCUGGGCCUAUUAUGCUUGAUGGGAGAGAGUUUUCUGUUCCCAUGGCUACAACUGAAGGUUGCUUGGUGGCGAGUACCAACCGCGGGUGCAAAGCUAUCAACCUGUCUGGUGGAGCUACCAGUGUGCUUUUGAAAGAUGGAAUGACCAGGGCACCUGUUGUGAGGUUCAACUCGGCUAAGAGAGCUGCUGAGUUGAAGUUCUUCAUGGAAGACCCUGAGAAUGCCGACACCAUAGCCACGCUUUUCAACAAAUCAAGCCGAUUUGGUAGGCUUCAAUCAGUUCAGUGUGCUGUUGCGGGGAAGAACCUGUACAUGAGGUUCUGCUGCAGCACUGGUGAUGCUAUGGGGAUGAACAUGGUGUCUAAAGGUGUUCAAAACGUUCUCGAUUUCCUCCAGGAGGACUUCCCUGACAUGGAUGUCAUUGGCAUUUCUGGUAACUACUGCUCGGACAAGAAGCCUGCUGCUGUCAACUGGAUCGAAGGCCGUGGCAAGUCAGUGGUCUGUGAGGCUGUGAUCAAGGGAGGCAUAGUGACAAAGGUGUUGAAAACCAAUGUGCCAGCCUUGGUGGAGCUCAACAUGCUCAAGAACCUUACAGGUUCUGCUAUUGCUGGGGCUCUUGGUGGUUUCAAUGCGCAUGCAAGUAACAUUGUUUCAGCUGUCUAUCUUGCCACUGGUCAAGACCCUGCUCAGAACAUUGAGAGUUCUCACUGUAUCACCAUGAUGGAAGCCAUCAAUGAUGGCAAGGAUCUUCACGUCUCUGUCACCAUGCCUUCUAUCGAGGUUGGUACCGUAGGAGGAGGAACCCAACUUGCAUCCCAGUCAGCCUGUUUAAACUUGCUUGGAGUGAAGGGUGCUAACAGAGAGGCCCCAGGAGCAAACGCAAGGCAAUUGGCUAGUGUUGUGGCUGCUUCAGUUCUCGCCGGAGAGCUUUCUCUCAUGUCUGCUAUCGCCGCUGGUCAGCUUGUUAACAGCCACAUGAAGUACAACAGAUCCAGCAAAGAUGUCUCAGCACUAGUUUCUGCCUAAGAGCUACAAGAAUUCCAAGUGCCUAUCAAGGUUCAAAAGCCUCCAGACUUGAUGGUUCAACAAAAUAAUGUUAUAUAAAUGAUCUGUCAAUUUGGCAUGGAGAGCUUGGAAAGGAUAAAUAAUGAACAGACAAUACAUAGCAGGGCUAGUGAAGAAAGAUUGUACUAUUUGUUGUUUCUUUGUUUAACUCCUUCCCUUUAUUUAUUUUGAUGUCGUGUAAGAGACUUUGUUGAAAAAUUGUGUAAAAUGGUGGUGAUGAAUCGAUGAUGAUGAAAAGGUUUAGUUCCACUUUUACUGCAUCUGUGCUA